AAGUGCUCACAUCACAAAAACAAACAUAAAUUCAAAUCAAAAUAAAACCUAAACGUUACAAAAAAGAAAAAACAAACACAACAAAGCCCUUAAAGUGAAAUCCUAAGCUACUUAUUUCUCUCGUUAAAACUUCAAAUCAGAAGAAGCUUCAUUCUUUGUGGCAAGCUAGUGGCAUCUUUAAGUAUCUUACCAAUGAAUGGAAACCCAACAACACACAAAUCAACAUUAACUAGUGAUAGCAGAUACUCGUAUCUUUAGUGUUCGUCAAACAUAUUCGGUUACGAAACAGAUCAUAAAAGUCAACAAAUUCAAUAUUUUAUGGCCGCUGGAAGUGUGGAAAUUCAUAAGCGUUAGAAAACAAACCAUAAAACUUAUAUUAUUCAGAUGAUACGGUAGUAUAUUCCGCAUAUAUGCUGCCAUCGAAUAUUUGAUUGGAAUCGCCGGGAAAACGGGAAAUACAAAGGAAAUGCAGAACUUUUCGAGCUCAACGCAUCAAAAACUUUUCACCACCACCAGUUCCAGUUCCAGCUCCAGCUCCACCACUAGCUCCAGCACCAGCACCCAGUCCGCCCGCCGACUCGAGGACCAGAGAUUGAGGCAUCGAGGUAGUCCGACUCCCUCUGCGAUAUGAUGGAACGUCUGUCCACGCACCUGUCGCUCACCGGCCUAUCGCUAGCUCAUCCCCUGCAAACUCACCUGGGCACCGGCGGCGGAUCGCACCAUCUCGGCCAAUUGGCAGCGGCGGUGCAUCAACAGCAGCAGCAGCAACAGCAACAAUCUGACCAAGGAUUAGGGCACUCACAUCACCUGCACAGCCAGCAAUUGUCGCUGAAUCACCAGCACCAUCAUCCCCACCAGUCGCCGCAGCAUCAGCAGCAGCAUCAGCACCACCCGUGCAGUAGCAACAGCAGCAACGGAUCCCCCAACGGUUCUACUGGUUUGGGUCUGCAUCCACACUCGGCACUCCAUUUGGCGCACCAUCACUCGCAGUUGCAUCAGCACCACCCGACUGGUCAGCAGCAACAGCAGCAGCAGCAGCAGAGUCAACCAGCGGUGUCCUCAUCCUCGGGCUCGCAUCACAGUCAAUCGCAGUCGCUGAGCCAUCAGCCGCAUAGCAACGGCAGUUCCCAGCUGGGCGGUGGUUCAGCCAGUGCUGGGGGCAGUUCAGCUAACAGUCACCACAGUGCUCCAGCCUCGAGCAGCGUAAUGGCCGCCGCAGCAGCCGCCCAUCUGCAUCACAAUUCCCAGGCCUCGCCCAUCAGCAAUCUGCAUCAGAACAUGGGCAGCCUCAUGAAUAGUGGCAGCAGUGCCAGCGAUGUCUUCUUCAGCCUGAUGAUCCAGAACACAACGAAGCGCCAGAACGAGGAGCACAUAAAACGUCCAAUGAACGCCUUCAUGGUCUGGUCGCGUCUUCAACGGCGGAAGAUAGCUCAGGAUAAUCCCAAGAUGCAUAAUUCGGAGAUUUCCAAGAGGCUGGGUGCCGAAUGGAAGUUGCUUACUGAGGAGGAGAAACGUCCGUUUAUCGAUGAGGCCAAACGAUUGAGGGCCAUGCACAUGAAGGAGCAUCCGGACUAUAAAUACCGACCUCGACGAAAGCCCAAGGCCCUGAGACGCGAUGGUUAUCCCUAUCCAAUGCCAUAUCCAUCGGUGCCUGUGGAGGCGUUAAGAGCGGGCAUUACGCCCGGUUACUUUGCGCCCGGUCCCACAGCGGCUGCCUAUCACCUGGGCAGCCAUCUCGGCCAGACAUCGACGCCAACCACGACGCAGGCCACCCUCUCCGGUCAGAUGGACAAAUUCGCCCUGGAGCGCAGCUCGUAUCUAAGCAACUCCUCGCAGGCGAGUGCCUACAGCGCCUACUUGGACCCGAGUGUCCUGACCAAGGCGUAUUUCGACUCCAAAAUGUAUCAGGAUAGGGCGGCCAACUACGCCUUUGACAUAUCCAAGAUCUAUGGGGCACAGCAGCAUGCAGCAGUCCAUCAUCAGCAGCAGCAGCAACAGCAACAGCAGCAGCAACAACAACAGCAACAGCAGCUACUGCUCAGCGGAGGGGGUAGUGGUGGGGGCGGCAGUGCCAGUUCCCAUAACAACAACAGCAGCAGCGGACUAGAUGAUCGCGAUGCCACGCCCCAAUUGGAGGCAGUGGAGGCUAAGCCACAUUUGCAUUCACCCAGCGAUGUUGGUCUGGACUAUGCCCAAUAUGCCCAGCAAUAUGGCGGGCAAUUGGCAUCAGCAGCAGCAGCGGGUGGGGCAGUGGGUGGUGGAGCAGCUGGCGGUGGUUCUGCAAGCGGUGGAGGUGGUGGUGCCACCGCUGCGGACUUUCGACGACCGUUAACGGUGAUCUUCUGACCACCAUCUUCCAAUGGCAGCGAGGAGUUGAACUUGUCCAUGACCUAGGAGAAGGAGGGGGGAUCCAACUCGUUUCGUUGCGAAUUUUAGUUGGGGUUAAAGGCCAAAAACUUAAAGGUUAAAGGCUUAAAUGUUAUAUUUCAGAUUUUCCUAUAUCAUUUUCAACAAUUUCCCCAAUUAAAAAGAAUUUUCCAUGCGAAACAAGUUGAGUUUCCCCCUAAAAUUGGAUUUAACGAGAAAAGAGAAAAACGAAAACAACCGAAAACGCGAGAUUAAAGUUAAACGUAGCCAACAUUUAAAUUUAAGUCUCCAGUUGUAAACUAAACUUAAGCUUUGUUAAAAUAGAGCAAGCAAGAAAAUGGCCAGGAAAAUGGAUACAGAAGAGGCAAAAUCAUUUAGCAAAAAACAAAAAUCAAAACAAACAAAAAAUGAGAAGAAAACAAAAUUGAAAAAACAACGAGCGGUGCAAUUUUUUAUGUUUUAAACGCAGAUCGAAGUGCAUAGCAUAAAUUUAAAAUUAAAUUUAAAUGUAUUUAAAUUCUACACUAAAAAAAAAAAACAGACAAAAAAUAAAGAAAAUACACACAAAAUAUAUACAUCAGAAACCAGAAUGAAAAAAAACAAUAAAAAACUACAAAAAAUAAAAAGAAACAGCAAAAAUUUGAGUUUCAAUUUUUGGGAAGGUUUUUCCAGGAAGGAGGGAAGUU